AUGGCACUCUCGACAACAACCUACUACACUCUGUACUCCGCGGAAUCGGUCAACUCCAUGGCUGAGCUCGGCAGCUCAAGCUCGCACGACUGCGGCGGGCCGAAUUCCCGCAACGCGGCGGACGAUCUGGGGAUCAGCGACACAGCAUGGUCGGGCAUGGGCACCGCUUUCAGCAACCUCAAUGACGAGAUCCGAGACCUGAAGAUCAGGUCAUCGCGCGCUCGAAGUCGCGGAAGCCCGAGCGCAGACGCGUCGCGUGGUGAGUUCGAGCUCACCAGGGGACGCGUCCGAGUCCGGACCGCCGCGAGGCCGAGUGCGCGCCGUCCGACAAGCGAGAGGGCAGCGAAGCCCGGCUGCAACAUCCCCGAACUCACGGUGACCUCCCCGAGUCCCCGACAACCUCCCAGAGCCCCCGGCGAUCUCUCCAAGUCCCCGACAACUUUCCCGAGUUCAGUACGACCUCUCCGGGCUCAAGUCGAUGUCUCCGCGCUCACUACGACUUCCCAGCCGCCGCACGACCUCCCCACCCCCACCUCGUUCAAUGCCAGCCACCGCAGCCUCCCAAACCCCAUGCAACACCUCCGAGGACUGCACGAGCAUCUUGAGGAGGGGCCGCCACCUCCACCUCGUCCAUCGCACCUUCGCUCCGCCCUUCCCAACCCGACGGCGGGGGAGCCCGCGUUCACGCAUGCAAAAGUCUAA